AUGGUUAUGGAGAUGACUUUCUGGGUGAAAGUCUUUUUCCUGGUGGGGUUUCCGGCUCUCCAGGAUUUCCAGGCCCCUCUCUUCAUUGUGUUCUUGCUAUUCUACCUGCUGAUCCCGGUCGGUAAUGCCGUUAUCAUCACUGUGGGCGUGGGCGACCGUGCGCUUCACAAACCCACGUGCUUUUUCCUGAUUAACUCUGCGUUAGACGUGCUACUCACAGCCACCACCAUCCCCAAAAUGCUGCUGAUGCUCCUGGCCAACGCUAAAAACUCUCGUUUGGGGGGCUGUUUUCUGCAGAUGUACAGUUUCCAUGGGCAGAUGACAAGAAGAGUGAACAUCCAGCUGGCAGCGAGCGCCUGGAUCGCCACGCUGCUAAUUCCUGUGCCCGCCAUCACGCAGACCUCUCGGCAAGCUUGCAGGGACAACCAGGGGUUGGCAGUGGUACAAGCCACAUGCCCGGACUUCAGUGCCCAUUUCCAGACCUUCUCGGGGUUCUCCAUCUCCAUGACGGUGUCGGUUGUCCCUCUGUUGCUUGUCACCCUCUCGUACGUCCACAUCAUCCUCUCCGUACUGAAGAUCAACUCCGAAGAAGGACACGGGAAAGCUUUUUCAACACGUACUUCCCAUCUGCUUGUGGUGGGCACUUACUACUCCUCCAUCACUGCGGCGUACACGUCCUACAGAGUGAACAUCCCCGCUGAUGUCCAUAUCAUGAGUAACGUUGUCUUCUCUAUUUUGACGCCCUUGUUAAACCCCAUCAUUUACGCUUUACGGAACAAGGAAGUAAAAUCUGCCGUUAAAAAGUCUAUUUUUUUCGGAAAAUCUUUCCCCUUUCUAAAAAAUUUCAUUUGUUUGG